GUGUGACUAUCCCAUAGGCCUUAAAGCAAUCAGUACCUAACAUUUUUAAAAUAAAUAUAUACAAAUAAAAGAAAAUAUAUGUACAAAAUUGUAAUUGCAAUCGGGAAAAUUCCGUUUUAUUUGCUUUGUGUGAGAAAUCCUCUUUAUUUGAACCAUGUGGCUGAUUCUAUUUUUCGUAGCUGUGAAAACGUGUUGUAUUUGUUUAGUCUCUCACCCUUACAACGAAGAUUAUCAAGUAUCAAGAAUAAGUCAUAAAGGGUGUCAAGGGUAUUUACCCAGCCCUCUUGCAAAGUUUUCCAGUGUUCCAACAUUGAAGAUUUUCAGAGUCGUAUCAUCGAAUGAACUUCAUGCGAAAAUAGUCAGGUCACUAAGCGCAGUUUAGAUUUUUGUAUGACGUAAAAAAACUGUCUGCCUAAUAACCUACUUGCCUUUUGAAGGCAACCUCAUGUGAGGGACUUAAUCUUUCAAUUCAGAUUGCUGAAAUGUUUUCCACAGCAAAGAAAGUUUUCUAAAAACGCACAGUAUAUAAGAGGUGGGACAGCAGUGGAGUAAGGGAAAGAGGGCGUUCCUUAUCACAUGCUAAAGCUUGUUCAGUCACCCCCGUUAACUUUGUGAGCCUACAUACAUACAUACAUACAUACAUACAUACAUACAUAAACUUUAUUUAUCCUCGGAUUUUAGUGUAGCUUACAUAGCUAGUAUCUCCGAUCCUAACUAAUUUUAAAAGUUGCAACAUAUAUAAUAUAAUAUUAAUUAAUGUAGUAUUAACUAAAACUGUGCACUAACAAUUUGCGCUUAAAUUCACUAUAAUCUACAUUCUUUCUAAAGUGAUCAGGUAGAGAAUUCCAGUACUUAACAGAUGAAUAGCUAAAGGCAUUUAGACCAUAUGUGGUUGUAGACGGCUUAGGAAGUGAUAAAAUAUUAGUACCCCGUAGGGAGUAAGCAGUAGAUCUUAACUUGAUCAGUUGUUUUAAAUAGCACGGAUAUUUACCAAAAUGGAGACAUUUGAAUAUACAAAUCAUCAUAUUUUGUAUCCUCCUGUUGGCUAAACCACACACACCAGCCUUGUCUAGAAGAGCAUCAUAGUUCGAGUCCCAGUCCUUUAAAACAAAUCUUAAAAUACGUCUAUUUAAGGUGUCCAGUUUGACAGAAUCUUCUGAAUUACAAAAGUGCCAUAUCAUUGAACAGUAGUGAAAAUGGGGUAAGAUAAACGCUUUAUAAAGGCGAAGCAUAAUUUCGGAUGAGAUAAGUUUGCCAAAUCUUUUGAAGACACUGAACUGAUUAUUUAUUUUUUUGCAUACAGAGGAUAUGUGAUCCUUGAAAUUAAGUUCAUUGUCUAGAGAUAUUCCAAAAAGAUCCAGGCAUCUUGUGGUUAAAAAGGAGAAAGGGUAAUCGGUUUCCCCAAGAACCCUCCCUUGAUGUUUUAGCAGGGUUUGCUUUCAUCCCAUUGUCUUCGAACCAUUUAUUUGCUAUUUGUACAUCAUGAUUGAUCCGCCGUUCCAAGGCCACUGGGUCUACAUCAGAUGAGUGCAGUUGGCAGUCAUCGGCAUAAGUGUUUAAUUUUACAGACUUAAUGUGAAAGAUGAGGUCGUUGAGGAACAUGUUGAUAAACAUGGGCCCCAGGACGCUGCCUUGAGGCACGCCCCGCUUCACACUCAUCCAAUCCGAAUAAGUAUCACCAAAUUUCACUCGCUGCCUUCUAUCCGUCAAGUAGUCACCGAUAAGGGCGCAGCUGGAUUCGUGUGCCAGCCAUACGCUUUCAGUUUUGCUAAUAGCAAAGCAUGAGGUAUGGUGUCGAAAGUCUUUGACAAAUCCAUUGAUAUAACCGCCACGAUCUCUUUAUUGUCUAGACUGCGCCUCCAGUCCUCAGUCAGCCUAAGUAAAGAUGUCUCACAGCUAUGGUGCCUCCUGUAGGCAGAUAUGUAUUCAGACAAUAUGUUCUGGUAAAAGUCGCUCAUUUGAGCUGAAAGUAGCCUCUCAAAAACGUUAUUGAGCGCAGGUAAUACGGUCACUGGUCGAUAAUUGCUUUUUAAAUAAAGGAGUAACUUGACCUAAUUUCAAGCGCGACGGAUACUGUCCUGUCAUAAUCGAGUGAUUCAUUAUUGCAGCUAUAGGACCGGCAAUUGCGUUGGCAGACUCUUUUAACAGUCGCGGUGGUAUUCCGUCAUAACCACAGGAUUUACGGGAGUUGAUUUUGAGUAACAAAGCUUCCACUUGGGUUUUAUUAGUAUAUUGAAAAGCAAAAUUGUUUCUCGCAGCGAUCUGCUCAUUGUUAUUAAAAAUCGCCUGAAUGCUAGGAUGUGCAUCAAACCCUUUUCCAACAGGAGGGCAUUUUGCAUGCGCAUGCGUGAAUCCGCUGAACAACAAUAGCGUGGACGCAUCAAAUCUAAUGGCGGGAAAUCGAAAACUCGCGAGUAAAGUUGCAGGCCUUUUAAAAGCCAUUUCGUUGGUACUUUGAAUACCGUACUUUCCUACAAUCGGACGUUUUCUACGCGGGUUUUCACUUUUAGAUUUUUCAGCAGUAGGUUUUCUUGGCCUUUUAAAGAGUUUCAAGACUCCACGCCAAAAAGUCAUGUUCCUGUAUAAGUCUGAUUUUCACUGCAAAGCAAUGCAUUUCUAUGGUUUGAUUUCCGAACUCGUGGUUUUACUUAUCAGGGAGGAAAUGCAUCGUAGCAAUGUUCAGCUGCUUAAUUAAGACAAAAAGCGAAAAAAUAAAAAAAAUAAAAAUAAAAAUAAAAAUAUUACCACGCGAGGUUUAUUUAUUAGCGCGAUGUCUCAUGUUAAACUGAUCGCAGAGACACGCGCUUAUAUAUGCCACAAAACAUGAAAUCUAUGGGGUUUUUACACUUUUUCGAAAGUUUUCGGUGAAAAAUUUAUAAAAAAUAUUCUAUAGGAAAUGAAGAAUGGAUUGAGUUUGAGACAGCAACAAUUACAGGUGAUUAUGUAGUACAUAAUCACUUUAGCAUUUCAUAAGCUCAGUUGCAGACGAAACGAAUGCACAUACUUCGAAAAAACGAAAAGUACUUUUAUUUUUCUUUAACUCUAAAAGAUACAGAGAUUUUCAGUAGUCAUAGUGGCUACACCAGGUAGUAACCAAUCAGAGCGCAGCAAAAUUUGUCUCGACCAAUCAGAAUCGCGCAUUUGGCCCAUGUGACUGAUUGACGUCACAAAUCAAGGUUUUGACCCACGUGACCCAUAGGAAUAAAGAACACACGCACACAAGAGUUGAAUCCACAUUCUUCACAUAGUUUUAAUGAGAAUAGAGCCUGAUAGUUGGACGCAUGCGCAGAUGGGGUCCAAGCGUUUGCCCUGCGCAGUCACGUGAAUGGGAUCGUAAGCACAUGCGCAGACCGCCAGACGACUCCCCAGGUCCCCCGCAUGCCUGUGAGCCUAUUUCCGCAUAGACCUAUUACGCAUGCGCAAACCACGAAAAGUAGUCCCAGACCCCUCGCAUCCCCAAAGUCAAGAAAAACACACUCUAUAGAGGUCAACAUCCACUUUUUUAAUGAACACAUCGCGAGGAGAGCCUGGUUACAAGCGGGACGUGUGUGACGCCCAAGUGACGUCACGCCCUGGAUAUUAACGAGUGAACAAAAUAAAGGGUGUUUGCCUCUUGGAAGAAAAAGUCAUGAGUGCUGGAUGAGGCCAUUUGAUAUAAUGGUUGUAACCUGUGUAUGACCAUGGUUUGAUUAAAGGAAAAUUGAGUGCAGGCAAGGUGUCUGAAAAAAACGAAUUAGAAGGAGGGGUGGUUAGAUCCAAGAAGCAAACUGAAUGAGAUAUAGUCGACCAUUGGCACGCACGAGGCGGUGGUUUAGGGUCCAAUGAUUGACUGGAAAAAGAAAAAACAGACCUUCAUUACAAACGGGACGUGUGUGACGCCCUAGUGGUGUCACGCCCUUGGAAAUGUUUGUUUACAAUAAUAUUCUAUUAAAAUCCAGUCUUGAUUAUAAUCAAAAUGGUCUAGGAUCCAAUGACAUUCUAAUAAAAAAUCAACGUCUUAGUUUGAGCAUCUAGGAACCAAUGACAUACUAACGAAAAAAUAUUGUAGUGUAAGCUUCCAGGAACCACUGACAUACUGAUAUGAAAAAAAAAAUCAACGUUGGAGUUUGAACAAAUGGAGUAAGCUGGACCAUCCUUGAUGAUUGACAAUACAGAGUUUAUGAGGGAGGGGCCAGCUUCGGAAAAUCAUGAUAUCUUGUAGGAUCCAAUGGGAAUCUAAUAAACAUGAAAUAGAGACUGAACAUCCAGCAGGGGUGGCGCCACCAUGCAGACCUCCCCCUGCCGGGUGUUCAGAAGUCCCAUCCUGUGCUUUCUAAAAUAUGACAUCCCCAACAGGGUUCAUGGAGGGUGUUCACGUGACGUGAAUACGUCCAACAGCGUUUACACACAAAAUACAACUGCUUCAUUAGAUAAGUGUGGUAAUAUCUGGUGUGAUUCUCUAUUAUCUGGGCAGUGGCUGAAAAAGGGAAGGAAUAUAAAUAGCUCGUAUGACAAAACGAGUAUCUGAAACGGAAAAAAACAGGUUGUUCAGAAACGGGGUGGAUAGCCCAUGCCUUGCAACAUCUCACACCAAUAACACGGUACGUGUAAAUCUUGCACGCGACGAAAAUUCAAAAAGCAACGACAACAGAGUAAUUUGAUGGGUCUUGGAUAUGGUGGAAGAGGGACCCCUGGUCCGGUGUACCACUGCACGAUACUACCACAAAAACACCAGGCCGCGGACGUGCCAUGAACCCUGUGGGUGCUGAGAAUAGUAAAGGAAUCUACGAAAAAAUUAAUAAUAAUACUCUGUCUUCAUGAGUAAGAAAACAAGGCGGUCUCGGAAGAAGCAACUGUUGUAGAGGUGGGUAUGUGUCUCUAAAAUUUUGAAAAAAUCAAUAAUAAUAAAUGUCUUUCAUGUCUUUUCCGAGUAAGAAAGCCACGCAAUCUCUGAACCAGCGACUGUUCUUGACAUGGGUACGUGUCUCUAAAAUUCAAGACCAUUACAAAAUUGAACGAGUUGUUGAACACAAUGAAUAUGGCAUCGGUGUUGCAAGGGAAGGAUCCACCCCCAUGCAUCAAUGACCUCAAUUACAUCUGAAAUAUUUCAUGAAGUUGGAUUAUACAUUUGACCGUGCUAUAAUGACAUCUUAAUUGAAUGGGACGUAUCCAAUCUCCAUACUCUUUCAACGUGAAAUGAAAGCCUACAAAGAGGUGGAAAGUGGACGCAUCAGGAUGCGAAAAAAAGGAGAGUUUAAAGAGGACACUCUCGGGAUCCAUUGUAAGUGAUGACGUAACAGGCAAUGGGUGCCUGUGAAAAAAUGAACUAAAAUCAAUCCUCUAAGAAUCCAAGAGCCGCCAAAUCCGGUUCACCCACAUCACCCUGCCUCCGGAGAAACGAAUUAAUGCGAAAGGUCAUUCGCAAGGGAAAGUCGUCCCAGUCCCGUUGGUUAGGGUCCCCAUCCUGUACAUAUUGCACAAUUUCAUCUUCGGUGAGGGACCCCUCCCGGUUACCGGAAAUAAUAUCAUCUAAACGUAAACCAUCCAUCAUCCGCUCACAAUGGUUGCAUACUCCGCCAUGGGUGGGAUGGGCGAGCCAUUGGUAAAUGUGGCAGACAGGUUGGUUUUCUAUGUACUCCCAUGAAUCUAACGAAUAAAAAAAUUAACACGAACAGUUUGGAACCCAGAACCGUGCGGCCCAAUUGAGUCGGGCACGUCGAGGGCAAAGACAUAGGUGGACAGGCCACAGCACGGUGCGUAGAAACUCGAAUCCCUUGAAUACCUCUGUGAAAAUCAAAAAAGGUAUAAGGAAAAAAGGGACCCACACCCGAAAAAAAAUGAAAAGCUAUGAAACUCACCAGCCAUACGGCGGCGAUGGACCUCAUGAUCCAGUUUGCGGGCAACGGGAUGAUCCCACGGCAACGUUCUGGCCCAAUUCCGUAAUUCUUCGUGGGUGCAGCGACGGAACAUGGCGCGCAGGCAUUCGUGACCCAUCGGGAGGUGGCACAACAACUUUAACAUGUCAAACAACACGGCAAUCGGCACGGAGUACAGAACAAUAGACUGCAAAGAGCUCACCAUCUUGAAUAGCUUGACGGAUCAAACUGGAAUGAGCUCACACGGAGCGCGCAACGGGAUUUAGAGACUUGAUGAGAGAAGCUGAUUGGUGGAGAGACAUCACGUGGGGGCGUUUAACCACGAGAGGAGACUCUAGGGGGUACCCCCCAUGGGUACACUUUUUUGGGCGGGACUCCAAGUCCUGGCGCGAGGUGGGGAUUGGUUCAAGGCAUGAAGAAUAAAGGGGGAACACAGCGGAGAGACCUCAGUUCAUGCUUGAUGCUGUCAACAUGGACUGCCGAGGGUUAGUCGACCCCAAGAAUAAGCCGUUUGGCCGCGUGCUGCCCCUAGAAGUGCAAAUCAAGAUUAUGUUUUGGGUGCACUGUUUCUAUACCAUGGAGAAGCGCAAGAAGGUGGUCCAAGAGUUGAAGGGAUUGCCCAAAUGCGACAUGACAGGGUUUCCCCAACACCUGGGCGAAGGUCGGUGGUGGAAUCAAGUGGUGUUGCGGUUGCGCACCCCUCGAAAAAAUGGCUGCCACCAUUGCCACCGUGUGAUCGAUCACCGAUUGUCGGUGAGUGAAUUUGUUUUGAAGUGGUAUUUUUUUUUUUCAUGACCUUGACCCCUGAAAAAAACUUUUUGUCUGUUUUUUGUAGAUUGGCAUGAUGGUGGAGAUGGCACGGGUCCCUCCCAAUCUGGACAAUGUGAUGAAUGAGGGGAUCGCGUUCAUCAUUGACCGGUUCAAGAAGCAGCUUCAGAAUUGUACCGUGGGUCAGUACCCCGUGAUGAUUGGCCGGAGAAAGCGUGCCUACAAUACGCUGGACAAAGUCAUGCAGAGAUUAGAUUUGAUUCAUGAUGUCAUGUCUGCUAUGAAUUUUAUUGUGGUUGAUAUACAUUGAGAUUAAAACAAGUGUUUUUUGUGUUCAUUGACGUUUGAAUAAAGCUUCCAGGGUGGGAUAGAGGACUGGGUCUUCUUCUCGGGUGCCGAUAAUGGCGGUCUUGUCUUGGAGGGUGGGUAAGGCGAUUUGUUCCUCGGUCAUGCCGUCACAGACUUGAUAUUCUUGGGAGGUGGGAUUCCACCAAGACCAUUGUUCCUUGUCCACAUCAAACACAUAGAGGGGUUUGCCUAAAAGUUGGGCCAUGACCACACCCCAUCCUGUGCCACCCAACAGAUGCUUGCCAUAUUCAUCAAAAUGGCCCAAAGCGAGGACGAGGGACGCAGGUUGGAUGACGUAAUAAUUGCGUUGAAUGUACUGGAGGCUGAUAGGAUGAUGAAUUUGUCGACCCAAUCGAAACGCCACCUGGGUGACGGUCGGGGUGGCCGCAUCCAAUUGGGACUGGGUCAAGGGCGCGAGGGACUUGGAUCGAGGGUGACAAGGUGGGAUAAAGACCACACAGGUAUGACCAUACAAGUGACAUAAUCGUUCCACAUGCGUGUCCACCCCUUUAGCACCGCCUGUGUAAAUGAGCAUGGUCUGAAAAAAAUGAAAAAAAAUUCAGUGUUUAUGAUGAGGGAUAGGCGUCCAAGCCCACAUGGUAUGCGGUUCAUCAUCGGCGUACAUCAGGGGUACAUCCCAUUCCCGCUGGGUCACGGUUUGUUCAAAGACACGUGAGACGUUAUGACAAUCAUCGCAAUCCUCCGGGAUCCAAUCCAGUCCUUGACCAUUGGCAAACGCCUGAUCUUUGGCCUCGGUACAAUAGUUGCAUAACAGUUCGUCUAAUAAUCGAUCACACCGUUUUUGCCACAACACGCGUUGGGCGUUGAUUUGCGAAAAGGUGGGUAGGACAUGGGUCUGGCGACGGAGCCAUCCACUCAUUUGACAGACCCGUACAUGGGCGCAAUGAUCGUGCCAGAUACCACUCCCACGGGCUCCAUGAGAAUGAUCCUCACACCAAUUACGUCCAUGAUUGUGGUGAGCCAUGACAUUGGCCGUAGCAAUAGGGAGAUUGGCCAAGUCCCCACACCCCUGCCCUUCUAGGACCACGAGAGGGUAGGCAAACGGGGGCUCUUGCAACAUUUUAGUCAGCCCAUUGCGCGUGUGAACCCCGAUCCGAUUCCGCUGAGGGGUGAGAUGCUGUUGACACCAACGGGUGAUAUCGUCUCGCAUUUGUUCGUAGGGAUGAAAGUCUUGACGAUUGUACGCUGUAUAGGGUUCGAAGGGCAAGCCAUGCACGGUCUGGGUUUGACGAUCGACGCGCGUUCGGGCCUCCUCGGAUAAUUGAUGGUACGACACGCCUGGGGGUAACAGGUAUUUGAACAAUCCAUGAUGAUGUCCCGUCCAAUCGCAAAAAGCCAGUUCUCGAAUAAUAUAUUCGUCUCGGGAGAGGGCAAACCCCUGACUAAACACCAAGAGACCCACUUCAUGGAGUGCCAUGCUUACCGUUUCAAGUGGACUGCAACGAAUGAGAGGGGACGUUGACCCAUCCCUGGUUUUAUAGCCCCUGGGAUGGUUUCUGAUUGGUGGAGAGCAAGAUCAUACGAUCAUCACGAGAGGACAGGACAAGUUCGGAUUGGUGGAGACAAGAUCGUAUGAGUGUCACGAGAGGCAGGAGGUGGGGCUAUAAAAGGCAGGCCAGACGCUCCCUUGAAGUCAUUCGUCAGUCGAGGGAGGAUGGAUCGUCAAGCCACUCAACCUGCCGCAGUGCCUUCGGGACGCAAACGACGUCGCGUGAGUAAGAAACAAAAACAAGAAGAGGAAGCCCAAGCGCGAGCCGCACAAAUGAAAGCGGAUCAUGAUCAGGAGAUGGCCGAGCUCGGGUUCUCCCGAGCUGAACUCCUAGAGAUGAAAGCCAAACAACCCCCUACCAGUGAACUGGUGAUCGCUCUCAACGCCUUGCCUAAAGCCGAAGACCCACUGCCACCCCCUACACCCUCGCCCAUCAACGACUUGAUGGAGGGCACCCUGAAAGACUAUAAGGAAGAAUGUGUGGAGGAAGGUCAUUCAGAUCCCGCCACAGACGUGGGGGAAUGGGAAAUCCUGGACCAGAUGGACACCCAGUUCAACCAACUCCUGUAUGAAUCGUGCCCGUUUCAUCCCCAUCGAUUCCUGGAAUGUGUCAACCCCCAAUCCAAUGUUGGUCCCUUAAGAUUCAAGUGUCCCCAAGAAGGGUGUCCUGUCUAUUUGUUUGAAGACACACGAGAGGUGAUGAUGGAGAAAUUGAAAGAAGACACACAUCCUCAAGUCCAUGCCCGAGUGAAACACGGAGAAUUGAAGUGCAAAUGUGGGUUGGUUCCCAAGAUGAAAUUGAGUCGCACCACCAAGAAUUACAACAAAGUGUUUUUCAGUUGUGGGAGCUUUCUCACCCAUGCCAAACCCUGUGGCUACUUUCAAUGGCUCCAUGGUCCCCUAUGGUGUCCCCGAGAGCAAGCGCAGCCGACCUUGAGACGAUGGGUCAAGGAGUCCCUCCCUCUUCUGAAAGACCCUGAAAAGGAGAGACCCUGGGGCAUGCACACUGUGGAGAUGCGUUAUGGUGAGAGGCCAAACCCCGUGAUAGACAAGAUAAAGUAUGAUCCAUGGAUGAAACAGUUUGGUGAGUCUGCCCAAGCCCAGGAGAAUGCGUUUGAGAGAAGGCGCCAUUUUCAUAAGAACUUUGGCAGUUCGUGUUUGUUUUGAAAAUUCAUGUAGGUGUUUGUGAAAAAAACUAUUAAAGACAGAAAUUGGCUCAGAAUGUGUGUCAGUGUCUUGAUGUCGUUGCCACGCGCUUACGAAGAUCCCCAAGCACCUGGGGCCUUGGGUGGGGUCCAACCCUUUGCCCAAGCUCACAAAUUGAAAACCCCGCAAGCGCAACAGAUUCUUCAAUCCGUGUUGAGCUAUACGCUCCACAAACCCCGACGGACCCGGUUUCCCACCACCCCCACCUUGGUCUUUGGCCGAGACGAACAAUGGCAGAUGGAUUUAGUGGACAUGCAAAAACUCAGUCGGUGGAACCAAGGCCACAAAUAUUUGUUAACGGUCAUCGACGUCUUGUCCAAGUAUGCCUGGGCCGUGCCCAUCAAAUCCAAGAGUGCCGCCAACAUGAUCCGAGGGUUGGACGCGAUACGCCGACAGGCCUCGCCGCGACGACCCCUCCGUGUGCAAACGGAUCAAGGCCAAGAAUUUUUGAAUCGAAAGGUCCAAGCCUGGUUCAAGAAACACGACUGGCAUCAUUUUUUCACGUAUGGGGAUAGCAAGGCCUCGGUGGUGGAACGAUGGCAUCGCACCUUGAAACAACGCAUGUACCGGUAUUUUACCGCGCACAAUACGUUACGGUACGUGGACGUCUUACAACCCUUGAUCUAUACCUACAAUCACGCCUAUCAUCGCAGUAUUGGGAUGGCGCCGCAUCAAGUCACCUUUCGAAACGAGUCCGAGGUAUGGGAUCGACUCUAUGGAUCACGGUUGAAGCCCAAGAUCCCCCCACCCAAAUGUCGCGUGGGGGAUCGGGUGCGUCUCAACAAGAAACAUCGCCCCUUCAAAAAAGGGUAUUUGCCAGGCUGGACGGAAGAAGUGUUUGUGGUCACGCAUGUGCGUCGUCAUCCCGUGGUGACCUAUCAGCUCAGUGAAUGGGACGGCACCCCUAUAAAAGGCACGUUUUACGAACCCGAUGUGCAAAAAGUCCAAGUAUCAGACGAUUCAUUGUUUCGAAUCGAAAAAGUCUUGAAACGGAAAGGACGUCAGAUCUUGGUCCGGUGGAAAGGGUGGCCGGCCAAGUACGAUAGUUGGAUUCCCGCACAACAUGGUCCGCGCCAAACGAACACCUCGAAAAAGAAAAAGGCGGGUGCAGUUUCUCGAUGAUGCCAGUGACACCCCUACCACGGACGCAGACAUUAUGAACUUCAUCCAGGAAAAAGCCGCGGAACAACGGCAAACCCAACCGUGGUGGGAAAAGUUGGCCAGCCCCACCAAACAGCAAUGGGCCUACGCCAAUGCUUACCAUCGAGCCGAAGAGUAUGCCAAGCAACGAGGGGCUCUACGGUCCCCACCCAAGAAAAAACAACGUCGACGUGCCGGUCGUCAUCCACCUAUGCGCAAGAAGAAACCCCCUAAACCCAAGACCUGCAUGACCCUGAUGGAACUGGCCCGGGCCUUUCCCAAUAUUGCCCAGCAAGUGUGUUUUCAUCCUAAACAAUCGACCUUCCAUUCGUUGGUGGGACGCGUCCCUCGCAGUAAACAGAAAGCGGACCAGUGGCUAUAAAAGGACCCUGUACCCUAUUAGACGUGCCUCUUUUUUUCAUCAUGAGUGAGAUUAAACGUUUGACGCUCAUUAGUGAUCCGACCGACGAGUUUCCCAACAAUGCCAACAACAGUUUCAAGGUCCGUCUGCCCGAACGCCUGAGCUUACCGGGCGCAGGCUGGCAUGCCUCCCUAUUGUCCCUGACCGUCCCGGAUCAAGGCCAAAGCAAUGCUGUCAUUGCCACGGAUCCUCACACCAAAGUCGUCAAAAUAAGCGUCACGUUUUUGACGCGCAAAUGGAUAUCUGGGGUGUACAGACAGGUCGACAUCAAGAAAAAGGAUUAUGGAGUGGAAUUGGAAGAAAUCAUGAGCGCCAAACAGUCUGUGACCACCGGCAGUGAGUUUUGGAAACGCGUGAUGCAAGAAGUGCACAACAAGGUCAUGCAGGCAUUGAUCAACCAACAAGAAGCUGCCCUAAGCCAUCAUGGGGAUGAAUUUCCCAUAGUCAGUGUGAAAAAGAACUGGAUGCCUAUGAUGAGUUGGAAAGGCGAUGCCUUGGUGUUGCAUGCCGUGGGUAAAGGAGAUUUGAUGAAUGCGAACAAGACCAAAGUCACGAGCGCCUUCAUGAUGGAUCUGGAGAUCGCAAAAAGGUUUGGCUUUGUUGAAAAACCCGCAGGGGUGGAUGUGGGGUAUGUGUUGGGGCCCAAUCUCCAAUUCACGUGCCCUACCGUGACCUACACGAGCCAAACCCAGCCAAUCCACAGUACCUACCCCUCCGCUCGCGCGGAGUUCAAUUGGAAUGGAGAUCAUUAUGCCGGGAUGCAACCCAAGGAUUUGACCGAUGACGCGAUGGAUCAAAUGUUCGAGGUAAACGGAAAACGGCUUUUACUGUCCAGGAUGGUAGAAUGGCAGUUCAACAACCUAGAUGCUUCGUUUGAAAAGAUGGUGGGCACCAGCAAACGCACUGUGAUGGUGUACUCAGACCUGGUGGAAUCCACCGUGGUGGGCAGUGGCAAGUAUCCCCUGUUACGGGAAGUGCAAUUGUUGAGAACGGGGGAAGGAGAAAGUACGGCGGAACCCCUGCACCACCAAUGGAUCAAAGUACGAGGCCAACAAAUGGAUAUCUUGGAAGUAGAGAUUGCCAGUACCAGUGGACCCCUGGCCAUCUUACCCCCCGGCAAAACCCUGGUGACCAUUGGUCUCAAAAAGCUAUAAAAAGUCACCCCCAACAUCACGUGGGUCCAAAAAGUACCACGACGUGAACCAUGCGCGGAGGCAGUUUAACGCGGUACCAUACGCCCGUGCUCACUAAGCAAGAAGGCAAAGGUUUGGCCGAAGACUUGAUCAAACUGGCGGGACCCCUGAUCGUGCAGCAAGCUCAAGCGGGACUGCAAGAUAUUCAACGAGGCAAGAGUGCCGCGGACACGUGGGCCGAUCGAAGUGCCCAACUCAGCCGCGGCUUGAAACGCAAAGCCCCUGCCAUGGCUUGGACGGCUGGCAAACACAAAGUCAAACGGACUGCCCAAAAUACCUAUAAAAGAGCCACGCAACGUGUACGGGACAUCUUUGGACUGUAAAAAAUGGUACGUGUAGGAGGCUUUCUGAAAACGCAAAAUCGUGUUCGACGGCAACGUGCCCGUGGACGGUUCAUCUCGCCGUAUCAAGUGGGGGGUAGGAUUUUUGGCAAGUCGACCAUGGCGCGCUAUCCCCUGAUGAAUACGACGCAUCGGAUCAACCCCGAACCCUGGAGGGUAAAACAAGCCCUGCGCCGCAUGAAAGGGGGCACGAUUUUUGGCACGUCCACUCGCAUGCGCAUGGGGGAUCCCAUGAAGGUCCUCUCAGCUGCCCAAGAAAAGGCCAUGAUGGACCGCUGGUUCAAGAAACGUAUGAAAGGGGGCACGAUCUUUGGCCCGGGGGAUCUCCGAAAAGUGUUGUGGGCCAACCAAGCCAAAGCCAGGAAGCAGAAGAAGUAGAAAGGGGGCAAUGUCUUCAGCCGAUUGAAAAAACGCAUCCAAAUCGAUUUUCCUCACCGUCCCUUUCCCGCCGCGCAUCCCAUGCAUGAUUGGUACAGAGUACAAAAGGGUAUAAAAAGAGGACGCCGUUGAACCUCGUGGACAGAUCGCAUCAUGUCGCUCAGUCUAUUUGACGUGCCCGAUGUGGAUUAUCGGUACGAAGCCUCUCGGGAGGUGGAGUUUCAACCCGCCUUGACAGGCAUCCAACCCAUCACCUUCUCCAUUCCAGGCUCCGACGAUUAUUACGAUACCAAUUCUCUCCGCUUCAAAGUCAAAGUACGCCUGACUGAUCCUGCCGCUGGGUAUACUGGAUUAAGUGCCGAUUUGACCGCCAACUCCGAUGCCGACACGACCAAGAGCACGUACUGCGUCAACAAUUUCGGUCACUCCAUCUUUCGAGAUAUCACCAUGAGCAUGAAUGGCGUCCUCAUGACCGAGCAGAGCAACACCUACCAUUACAGAGCCUACCUAGAAACCCUGUUGAAUUACAACCGAGAAGAAGGAGCCACCAAGCUAGCCUCGCAAGGAUGGGUCAAUCAACUGAAUGUGAUUCCCGUCAUGGGAGCCACAGGAGCCAAUGCGGAUAUCCCCACCAAUGCCAAUUGGAGUGGCAAUACAGAAUUGCGAGCCCUGACCAGCCGGUUGCUGACCGAACAAUGGCACACCUUCAUCGUUCGUCCCCAUUUGCCACCCCUCAAGACAGGCAAAUUGUUGGUCCCCAAUGUCCAGAUGGACUUUGAACUCUUUCUCAACCCUAACACGGUCUACCUGAUGGGCACCCCUAACAAAGGCACCUUAAACGCCAAGAAAUUUCCAGCCAUCCACAAUGAAGACAUCAAAGUCACCUUGCUGAUGAGAAAAGUGACCUUGAAUGCCAGCGUCUAUGUCAGACUGCAGAAAGAAAGACAGCUGGGCAAACAGAUUGCCCGCUACCCUGUCGUACGAAGCGAAAUUCGCACGUUUUCCUUUGAUGGACGCACCACCCAGUGGGAACAAGACAAUGUGUUUGUGGGACGAUUUCCUGAUCGAGUGAUGGUGGGAUUAUUGCAUUCCAACACCUUCAAUGGAGACCUCACCAGAUACCCUUUUGCCUUUCAAAAGUUUGGUGUCACCCAAGUACGACAGACCUUGAAUGGAGAAGAAUACCCUUACAGAACCCUGCAAUUGACUGGAGACCAAGCCUAUGAAGAUCUGCUGGGCUACGAUCGAUUUCUACAAGCCAUGGGUGCUUACAAUGAAGAUAAGAUCCCUAUGCUGCUGCCGAGUGAUUGGGGACAAGGCAAGAACUGCACGUUGUUCAUGUUCAACAAUGUGCCCAGUGGAAAAGCAGAUGACCCCCAGUACCGCAACCCCCGUCAAUCGGGCAAUACGCGACUGGUGAUUGAUUUUGCCGCGGCUGUGGGUCAUAACAUCACCGUGUUGGUAUGGAGCGAAUAUGAAAACAUGUACGAGAUCAAUCAUCUGGGAGGUAUAAAAUACAACAUCAACGGUUGAAGUCACCUCAGAAGUCAAAAGACAUCGGUCAUGGAGUUUGUGGCGCUCAGUGAUACCGUGUUGCGGACCCUGGCCUUGGAGGAUCCCGAAUUACGACGCGUGUUUCAUGGAGUGCACCCCGCGGACCAACUCCCCCGAUCUCCCACCAAGAGUGUCCGUCAAGCUUACAUUGUCAAUACCGAUCCAGCCGGAGAACCGGGACAGCAUUGGUUGGGUCUAUGGACAGAAAAGAACCAGUGCGAGAUCUUUGACAGUUAUGGUCUACCCCUGCACGUGUACACCAACCCGGAGUUGCACCAAUGGUGGGGUCAAUGGAAGUACCUGACGCGCAGUGACCAGACCCUGCAAGCCCUGGAUAGUCAAACCUGUGGCCAUUAUGCGUUAUUUUUCUUGAAAGCUCGUGCGCAAGGACGGUCGUAUCAAGAAUUUUUAAGUCAAUGGAGUUGCGACAAUUUAGUGUUGAAUGAUCAAAAAGUGGCCGAGCAGUUGAAACGGGUGAUCAAACGGGAAUUACAAGAUGAAGUCGAUGCCCGACCCGACGGAGGGCAAAAGAAUGUGAGCCGCCAGGCCUUUAUCACUUGUCACCAUUGUGAGUGUUGAAAUAAAAAACCCCAUAAAACGAGAGGUGUAGUCCAAGAGUGGUCAUUGUAGUUCAUCAUGAUUACGCGAGCCGAUGUCCAGCGGGUGGUGGAUGCGUUCAUUCUGGAAGAAACCUUGUAUUGGUGGGAACACCCCAUCGAGCGGGUCAACACCGUGCAAGGCAUCGAUGCCUGGGAUGGGUAUCAUUGGUUAGUCGCUCGACAAUUGGCACAAGACCAAGAUUGGGUCUCCCUCAAACAGUAUAUGGACAGCAUGAGCGAAACGUAUUUAAGAGAAACCAUGGAAGGACUGAUCCAGUCCGAAUCGCCUCGCUUAUACCGCGACUAUUGGACGACAUGCCCAGACGACGACGACAGCGCGCCUCCACCCGACGACCCCGCUUUCGCCAAAACGGACGAGGCAUCAUGAGCGUGUUGACCAAAGCGGCCAAAAUCGGCUAUAAAUUGGGACGGGACAAACGGUAUAAACGUAUGGGCGCUAAAGGGGCCACCGGUCAUUAUCGACGUCACCCUCGACCGUGGGAAUCAUGAUUCGACAACCUAGCAGUGUGAUCAUCGCGGGCCCGUCGGGCAGUGGCAAGACUGACUUGGUGGAACAAUGGUUACGGUACCUGAACGUAUUUCAAGUCAAACCCCGCAAGAUUGUGUAUGCCUAUGAUCGCUGGCAACCCCGAUUCGAGCGUAUGCAAAAAAAGGAUGGGAUUCAAUUUCAUCGCGGAUUACCGGACCCCCGUCAUUUGACGCAAUGGUUUGGUCGGACGCGCGGCGGGGUGCUGGUCUUGGACGACCUGAUGGAAGAAGGGGGACAAGACAAGCGCGUGUUGGAUUUGUUCACCAAAGAUUCGCAUCAUCGCAACAUUACGGUACUGUAUUUGACGCAAGAUUUAUUCCCGCCGGGCAAAUUUUCCAAGACCAUCAAUCGCAACGCGCAUUACAUUGUGGCCUUCAAAAACCCCCGGGAUCAAACAGGGAUACGGACGAUUUUAUUACAAGCCUUUCCGGAUCGAUGGCGUCAAGUCUUGCGCCUAUUUAAACGCAUCACGGCCCGCCCCUUUGGCUAUUUGAUGUUGGAUGUACAUCCGGCGUCGGAUGAUCGCUACCGCCUGUGGAGUCAUUUAACGCCUCGAGAAGGCAAGGCGCAAGUCCACACCUUGCGGGCGGAUGUCCCUGCCGUUCGAAAACGAACUGCAACGAGAACUCGCCAGGGUCCGUCGGCAAAGAGAAGGCGGACAACAUACUGAGUUAGCCGCUCGCAUGGACACACACUCACCCGCGGGGGUAGGUUCCCCGUCGGUCCUCCGAGAUCUCAGCAGCAUGACGGACAUGGUGACCGAAUUGUCUCGACCCGUGGAUCGUGCCCGAUUGGAGCAAGACAUUGACGAUUUCAAUUUGACUUACCCGGUCAAUGUAGACGAUGCCUUGAAUGCGUUCACGCUCCCGCCCGUGGCGGGCACUGGCACGGCCCCCGCCACCACCACCACCACAGCCCCCAUCACUACCACGGCUGCCCCAACUCGUCCCACCACAUCGACCCGAACUCGUCCCACCACGACUACGACCACCAGUCGACCACGACCCGUCACGUCCACCCGAACACGCCCCGCCACGACCGCCACGACCACCACCGCCCCCUCCCGCCCCUCCACCAGCCGCCGCAGCGUCGGGGCAGGGACCAGGACCACCACCUCGACCGUGACCACCCCCACUGGACGCCCCACCAUCGCCGCCAAACAACCGCGACGGCGCCCUAGGGUGCCCUCCCCACCAUCCCCUGGUUCGUCCCCUCCGUCCGAGGAUGAGGAUGGCGAUGAUGACGAUCGACGGCGAGGAUUAAGGCGACGAUUGGAUUUGCUCAAUGAAGAUGCUCAAGAACGGGCACGAGGUCGACGGAUUCGCAACAUCACGCACACCAAUACAGUCACCACGGUCUACGAAGAGGGGGGUCGUCCCUCGGUGCGCCGCACGUCCACCCGAACCUCCAGCCCAAGUCCACCCAGACCACCCCGCCGAGGACGGGGCCGUGGCCGAGCACGCGGACGGGGCCGAGCCCGUGGACGAGGUCGUAGUAUAUAAAAACAGGGACCUUUCUUCCCCUGUCCCAAAAAUGUGUGGCCGUUGUCGACACGCGAUGGGACGCAAACGCCAACGCAGGACGAUACGACGACGACCCGCCAAACGACGACGGCGUGUGAGUCAAGUCGGGGGUGUCGCGGUCAGCAUGCCCCUAGGGAUUCUCAAAGCCGGUUAUGGGAUCACCAAAGCCAUCGGGGAUCAUCAAACCAAGCGUGCCAUCGCCAUUGGCGAAAAACGUCGACGAGAAGUGGCCUCCGGCAAACGGAAAAAAUACGCGGGGGAAUCCUUUAAUUGUUCCAUCAUGUAAAAACUAUAAAAGACCCAAGGUGUGUCCUCCCUCGGACAGAUCAUCAUCAUGCAUUGUGGUCCACGACGACGAAAACGACGCCGAACACAACAAGGGGGUAUUCUCCCACUUCUCAUUCCCGCGGCUGUGGCGGCUGCCGUCCUCAUGAAGAAGAAGAAAAAAAGAAAAGUGGGCAAGAUUAGUGCAGCCAAUCAACGACUGGCCCAACGACGGGUCCAGCGGAUGUUGACUCGAAUACCGGGUUGGGGCGGGUUUGAAACGCUGAAAAGGCUAUAAAAGAAAACACUAAAAAAGCUAUAAAAGAAACGCCUGGUUGGACACACAAUUCCCAUUGAGGAUGGUCCGUGGACCCAACGGUCGCCGACAUCGUUAUGUCCCUCGAAAACGACGCCGACGACGUGGCUUGCAACGCGGCGCUAAACUCCCGCUUUUGGCAAUGGCUCUCUCGCCUUUGUGGCUCAGGAAAUACAAACCCAGAAUCCGCUUUCGACGCCCAGACUAACCGACAACGCCCUCAACGCAAAGCCGUCACGUUUGCGUUGGAUCGGAACGACCAGUAUGAAGCCGCCUUGUGUGCACGGUGUCGAGAUCACAUGCAACGGCAUUAUCAUGGCGAAUUGUGUGGCCGGUGUGGCGCCAUUUUUACCAUAAAUAGACCUUGGUCCUUGCCUGAACUCAAGAUUCAUCAUGGGGUGGCGCAUGGAACGUCAAGCCCCGUUCUUAAAAAGUGUCUUACAAGAAGCCAAUCAACACAAACGCCAAGAAUUGUUGCGAAUGGCCAAUGCGGAUCAGAUCAAUGCUGUCAGUGAAUUGGUGAUGAACACGCUCCGUGGCACAGUGCCCCGUUCCCGACAGACCAUUACGUUGCUCAAACCUCACGCUCAGAGUUUACGCGCUAUGGCCAAACCCGCUCAUUCCGUCAAACGACGACGCGCUAUCAUGAUGGCUCAAAAAGGAGGAGCCCUCUGGCCGGAACUCUACCGAUGUUAUAAACGUUGCAUGCGCUAGACCUGACCCCUCAGUUGCACCAUGGAACCCGAGAUGGUGAGCACCACGGUGAACAACGCCCCGGCUUUUUUACAAUUACGAGACCAGUACAAACAAGAAUUGGUGGAAGAUACCCGCUUGACCAAAGCCGCUGAUUUAGCCGCCAAACAACAUGUCCUCCUGACCAGUGAUGCCCCCGAUGCUUGGAAACGGCCUCAACUCAAAGCCGUCAGCCGUCAAUUACGCCAUUGGACCAAAAAAGUGCGCCAACCGUUUGGAGCCGCUGCUGGAGGUGUGAGUGCCGCAGGGGCCACCACCCCGGGCGACGAUGAUUUCGAGGCAGGCCCGAUGCAAGCUUGGUUCACGCAAUUGGUCAAGGCCACCCAGGGUAUAAAACAAGGCACCCCGACUGGUGGACCCAGAAAACCCCCUGUCCCGCCCAAACCAAGGUUCACCCCUAGUGCCAAAAAGAAACUCAAGUUCACGACCCCUACAACUCCAUUGAGCAGUGCCGAGUUGGCGCACGAGUUGCCUUUUUCAGAGGAGCCUGGAACAGAACCUUGGGAUACCCCCAGUGAACGUGUGGACUCGAUCAAGCAAUCGGUCAAGCGCGGGAUUCGCAAAAAAGCCGCAGGUGUCGCCAAAAAGAAAGCCGCUGGUUGGGCCAAGAAAGCUUUGGAUUGGAAAUCGUGGAAAACCCCCUAAGAUGGGACGGAAACGCCGUGCUCCACCCCGUUCCCGAGCGAGACGACGACGACGACGCUCGCAACGGGGCGGCAAGUUAUUUGAUGUACAAAACCUCCUUAACAAGACCGGCAUUGAAUUUCAUUGGCCUGGUUAUCAGUACAUGGGCCCUGGCACCCAUUUAAAAAAACGAUUGGCCCGUGGGGAUCCCGGCAUCAACCGGUUGGACAGGAUUGCAAAAGCCCAUGACAUGGACUAUGAUAAAGCCAAGACGUUGAAAGACAAAUGGGCGGCAGAUCGCAAGAUGAUUGCCAAGAUUGAUCAACUCCCUGGCAGUAAAAACUUAACAGAGCGUAUUGUUAGACGCAUUAUGAAAGCCAAACUUCGAUUCGGCAUGUAAACCCCCUUAGUCAUAAAAGAAGACAACAUGUUCAAUGGCACAGUACACAUGUUUUAAUUAAACUUUCGUUCUUACAAAUAGUGGUCCAUUUUCUGCAAGGCCUCAGCGCGAAGGGUCUGUACCUUGCCCUCUUCAGGCUCGGCUUCGGCCCAGUCUAAGGGCAGCCACGGGAGGGGAAAGGGACGCUCCAAGGCCUCGUCCAACCAGGACCAUUCUCGACGCCGAAUGGAUUCCACCCGCUGAUCGUACCUUUCUUUCUGCAGGGCUUUCCACCCUUCCUCGCCCAACGCACGUUUUUUCUCGUGAGCAAUUUCUCGCCGCCGUGCAUUCAAUCGUUCUUUGUACGCUUCAUACUUCCCCUGGUCCUUCAUUUUCUGCACCCAGUUUUUUUGGCACUGGGCGUUUUUGCGUUUGACCUCAUUUCGCUGCUCUUCGGUCAUGCCAUGGUAGCGUCGAAACCCCUCCUCGGUUUUCUUGGCCUUAAAGGCCUCGUAUUCUCCAUUGGCUCUCAUACGGGCCAUCCGCUCGUGGUAGCGACGACGGUGCAUGGCCUUUACCUCCUCAAUCCCAUUGGGGGCCGCAUACAGGCGCUGCCGAUAUUGUUUUUGUUGUUCUUUGGUUCUUUUAGGGUCCCGUUUUCUCUUGGGGGGCUGGUGCGAUCCUGGUGUAUCCAUGCUCUUGUUCUAAUACUCGGGCCGCACACACGUCCGCCAACGCACGUAACUUUCGAAAGGGAUGAGGUGUCUCCCGAGCCCGGGCACGACGGUCCCGUUGCUGCUGCACAAUUUGAUCGCGGUGUCGACGAUAAUAUUGACGGUUCAGCGCCCGCACUUGGUCUCCGUGCGUGGCUCGGUAUCGGUUACAGGCCAACCGAUUCAAUUCUCGGGCUCUGGCAAGCUGUUCCUGGGUCGGAGGCGGUUUAGGCGGUUUGGGCGGCUUGAGCUUUUUCUGAGCUGCCCGCUUCUCCCGUUUCUGCGUCGCAAUCCUCUCUCUAUGUUUCAGGUACCACCGGUGCUUGGCCUCUUUCACUUUUUCAGGAUCUCGAUUGGGCAUUCUCGAACACAACUGACGUCUGGUCUGGACGAGGGUCUAUAUCUAGACAUCUCUCCACCAAUCACCGAUCUCGCUCCAGGCUCAGCGGAGACUGGAGAAAGUCUGUACCCAUGGGGGGCACCCCCCUCAAUCCUCCUCCUGUCUAUUCAACCCCUCACCUGACUCUCACCUGACUCUCACCUGAGUCCUCUCCACCAAUCCCUGUUCAUCUGAUCACGUGUUUUUAGGUCUAUAAAAGCCAGCGUCUGGCGCGGGAAAAUUCAAAUUGUCUCCUCCGUCAUGGCGGAGGACCCCUGGUAUCCUGACAGUGACGAGGAGGAUGCUCUGUUGAACCGCGCCUAUGACCGGUGGGAACAGUUGGGAGGGGCCGCUCCCGCCCGAGGCCCUCUCUUUCAGUUUACCAUGCAACCCAUUGGUCGACGACGCCGCUGGCGCAAUGUGGUGGAGCGGGCGCAAUUCAACGCGCAAUUGCGUCAAUUGAGGGAUCCUGGUCCUGGGGAUAAUAUUGGCAUGGCGCUCACGGAAGCAUUACACCAAGCCAUUGAAACAGAACUCGACCGUGAACAGCGACCCGCCCAUCAUUUUGUGAACUUUGCCAUUACAGCGCAUGGGUUCACCCACGCGUAUCAAACCGCCAAUUUCACCGUGGGGGAAUUUUUACAACGUACCGCUCGUUUAGAUGAGAUGUUAGCUACCUUGGCGGGAAAAUUAAACAGCAAUGAAGCCUUCAACCCCGAUCGCGGGUUCCAAGUGGAUGUGGUGUUUGUCUCCAUGCCCGGCCCGGGGUCUGGUCGACAUAAACAACGCAAUGUGGGACGUUUAUGCCUAGAUCGAGUCAACAAGAAAAAACAAUGCAUCAUUUCUAUUAAAAACAGAGAUACCCUAUGCUGUGCCCGUGCCAUUGUCACCAUGCGUGCUCAUUGCCAUAAAGAUCAAGGCGCGGACAGGUUUCGCGACUGGGAGAAUCUCAAACGUGGGCUUCCUGUGCAGCAACGUCAAGCCCAGGCCCUUCAUCAGCAAGCGGGAGUCGCUGAGGGUCCCUGUGGUUUACCUGAGCUUCGCCAAUUUCAACAAGCCUUGGGGUCUCAAUACCAACUCUUAGUCAUGACCCGGAUGAAACCGUUCUUUUUGAUCUUCAAAGGGCCCACUGCCCCUCAUCAGAUUCGUUUACUGAAAUCCAAUGAUCAUUUUGAUGGCUGCACGUCCUUUCCUGCGUUUGUCAACCGCUCCUAUUAUUGUGUGGACUGUGAACGAGGGUUCAACACCGACGAUCGAACCCAUCACACUUGUCAAGGAAGACGCUGCUCCGCGUGUGGACGAUUUGAUUGUCCGGAGUAUGUGCGCAGCACCCGCCCCACCGAGUAUUGCAGUCUGUGUCACCGCAAGUUUUACGGCAGUCAAUGUAAACGUUAUCAUGAAGUCAGCAAGCAAUGUCAAUCCAUCAAAACGUGUCUCAAGUGUCAAGCCCAAUACACGGUUGUCCGCAACCAACGUCACCGGUGCGGGUACGCCAAAUGCCCCGCGUGUCAGGAAUGGGUACCCAUUCAGGACCAUCAAUGUUACAUUCAGCCUGUGACGGAUGAGCAUGAGGAGACUGAACCCACAGAGGAGGGGGGAGGUAGCAUGGUGGCGCCACCCCCUCCCCUGUUUGUUUACGCAGAUUUUGAAGCCAUGCAAAAUGCAGAAGGCGUGUUUGUAGCCAAUUUGUUAUGUUAUUCAUCGAGUGCCGAAACGACCAUUCAUGUGUUGGACGGAGAGGACUGUGCCCUACAAUUUUUGCACGAUUUGGAUGAUCUCACCGACGUUCCAGAUUGUGAGGAGGAGCGAUCGAUUCUCGUGGUGUUUCACAAUUUGAAAGGCUUUGAUGGUAUGUUUAUUCUCCAUGAACUCUACCAGCAACAACGCGAGGUGGCGGAUCAAUUGACAGUGGGAGCCAAAGUCCUAUCGUUCAGGAGUGGACCGAUCAAAUUCAUUGACUCGCUGUGUUUCUUGCCCAUGCCACUGGCUUCCUUUUCCAGUACCUUCAAUUUGACUGAGUUAAAAAAGGGCUUCUUUCCCCAUUUGUUCAAUACCCCCGAUCACCAACAGUAUGUGGGCCGCAUCCCCGAUUUGGAGUUUUAUGAUCCUGAUGGUAUGAUGACCAAAAAGAAACAGGAACUGACUCGUUGGCACGCGGACCAAGUCCGUCGGAACGUGCCCUUUCAUUUUAAACAAGAAAUGAUUGACUAUUGCAAAUCCGAUGUGGCUCUAUUGAAAGCCGGAUGUGAAGCCUUUCAGGAAGAAUUUGAACAGCAGGCGGGCUUCAAUCCCAUGGCCAAGUGCAUCACCAUUGCUAGUGCUUGCAAUUUGUAUUGGCGCAAGCAUCAUUUGACCCCCGACACCAUUGCAGUAGAACCUCUGGCGGGUUGGCGAGGGGCCCAAGUCAACCAUUCCCUCAAAGCCCUACAGUGGCUCUAUUACCAAGAACACCUUAUUCCCAAAGAGGGGGCCAGUGCUGAUCGUAUUCGUCACGUUCGUAAUGGAGGCGAACAGUCGGUCCGAACCAGCGUCGACAGGCAUUUCGUCGAUGGCUACGAUCCCCUGACUCGCACCGUCUACGAGUUUCACGGCUGUCUCUACCAUGGCUGUCCCCGCUGUUAUCCCGCGAGAAACGCCAAACAUUAUGCCACGCCGGACAGAAGCGUGGAGGAACUGUAUCAAGCCACGCUCUCCAAACGCAUGGCAUUGCUCCGAGCGGGUUAUACAGUCAUUGAAAUGUGGGAAUGUGAAUGGGACCAACUAGUGGACACCGAUGAAGCCGUCCAACGUUUUCUGACGUCCUUCGAUUUGGUGGCACCCCUAGAACCCCGUGAAGCCUUCUUUGGAGGUCGAACCGGUGCCGUGGCUCUGCAUGCUGUAGCUGGAGAAGGUGAGGAAAUACGCUAUGUGGAUGUGACCUCUCUGUACCCAUGGGUCAACAAAAACUGUCCUUACCCCAUUGGGCAUCCGCGGAUCAUCACACAGCCCGCUGACCAGUCCCUGGAAUCUUAUUUUGGUGUCGCUACUGUGGACAUUCUUCCUCCCACUGGUUUGUUCCACCCUGUUCUGCCCGUGCGUAGCGGCCACAAGCUCACGUUUCCUCUCUGUCGUGCUUGUGUUCAGUCCGAACAGGCCCAACCCAUGUUGACCCGAACCCGUUAUUGCCCUCAUUCCGAUGCGGAUCGCACGCUACGCGGCACCUGGUGCACGCCCGAAUUGGUCAAAGCCGUCGAAAAGGGGUACACACUGAUCAAGAUUCACGAAGUCUGGCAUUUUCCCCCCGAGCAACGCCGAACGGGUCUUUUUGCCGAUUAUGUCAACACGUGGCUCAAGUUGAAACAAGAAUCCGCGGGGUGGCCCAGUUGGUGUCAGACCCUCGAGCAGAAACGCAACUACAUUCUUCGCUAUCAGGAACAGGAAGGGAUCCGACUGGACAUUGCCAGCAUUGCCAAGAACCCCGGUCGCAAAGCCACGGCCAAACUCAUGCUGAACAGUUUCUGGGGCAAAUUCGGGGAGCGGAUCAACAAACCCACCACUGUCACUGUCCAAGACCCCGCCCAAUUGUUCAACCUCAUCUCGGAUGCUGCCCUCGAUCUCAGCACGCUCCGCCUUUGCACCGAUGAUAUCUUGGAAGCGGUCUACACCAGUGUCCAAGACAAUGCUGUCAAAGGUACCAAGACCAACAUUUUUGUAGCCGCUUUCACCACGUGUCAUGCUCGAUUGAAGCUCUACGAGUCCCUGGACACCCUUCAACAGCAAGUCCUCUAUUAUGACACAGACAGCGUGGUGUACAAAUGGCGUCCCGGUCAACCCAGCAUUGCCACCGGUGAUUUUCUGGGGGAUAUGACCGAUGAAUUAGAUGGAGACGUCAUUACCGAGUUUGUUUCGGGGGGCGCCAAGAAUUAUGGGUACCAGACCCGUGGAGGCAAAGUGGUAUGCAAGGUACGCGGUUUCACCCUGAACGUCCGUGGAUCCGCCAUUCUCAAUUUUCAGACGAUGAAAGAGAAUAUUCUCUCCGAAUUAGAUUCGCCCCAGGAUUCUCGCCGCAAUUUGAACAUCACGAACCCUUAUUAUUUCAAACGAGAUUUAGAACAGAAACAAAUUCAAGUGGUUCCACGCGUGAAGCAGUAUGGGUUGGUGUUUGACAAGCGCGUCAUCGAGGUAACCACCCGAUCCAGUUAUCCCUAUGGCCACGAGAGGAUUGGACAUGAACUCGGUGUGUUAUUAGAUUUGUAAUGGGCGUGACGUCACUAGGGCGUCACACACGUCCCGCUUGUACCCAGGGCUCUACACGGUCAUUAAAACUAUGUCAGGAAUGUGGAUUCAACUCUUGUGUGCGUGUGUUCUUUAUUCCUAUGGGUCACGUGGGUCAAAACCUUGAUUUGUGACGUCAAUCAGUCACAUGGGCCAAAUGCGCGAUUCUGAUUGGUCGAGACAAAUUUUGCUGCGCUCUGAUUGGUUACUACCUGGUGUAGCCACUAUGACUACUAUUUUCCUAAGCUACUAUUUUGAAGCGACUCUUGAGUAACAGCUCCUGUGUUCCACAAUCGAUUUCUUGUUAUUAAUUUAUAUUUGAUGACAGUAGUGAUCCAUUCAAAACAGAGAAUGGCCAUCACUCCAUAAAUCUAACUGACGAUGUUGUUCACCUUCAAAGCCUGUUUAAAGUAAGACAGGAAGUUUGUUAAAGGGUGCAUAUAAUGCUGUUUCCUCAAAAAAUAAACACUUCUUCUAAACGACCCAAAUGAGCUGGGAUGCGACAACAAACGUGACACAAAUGGAUGCAUGAAUUUGUCUAUUAUUAAUGUUUCUGUUGAGAGCUUUUUACUGUAUCCAGAUGAACCCCUUAUGUCAGUUGUACAUCAUGGAAGAAUUAUCAAACAGAAACUGAUGCAUUAAACAAGAAUGUGGUUCAUUACAGAGGAGAAGCUGGUCUCAGUCAACAUCCUUCGUGAAUGAAAUGUCUCACAAAUUAGCAUAUCAACAAAUGUAGUAUCCACAAAAUAGUAUCAUUUAGAAAUAAAUGCGAUUUUUUUGCAACAGAAGCCAGGAUUUAUUCAAAAGGUGUAUUAAUAACGUUUCAUUUCGUGCUAUUUUGGGGUUGGGGAGUUAGGCUAGAUUUUCUUUAAAACGCCAAAAUGUUAUAUUUAUUUGCAUAAUAAAUGUAAACAAACAGUGUACCAUCAAAAUAAGGUGGAAAAAAUCAGAAUUCAAACCGAUUGGCGUAAUUUUUUUUCCUUUGUAUAACUAAAUGAUAGAAUAUUCUUAUUUUCAGACCACAAUCUUACUGGCAUCAUUAUAUUGAUUUAAAUUUAUAGUUGAAGUGCGUGUAUUUUAUUUCUUAACGAAGACGUACCGGAGAAGAAAGCUAAAAUUACUGCAGAAGGCGAUUUUUCACAGCCUUCAUCAAAGCGCCAUUCAUUUUCGGAAGUAUUCUUAGUUUCAUUAAUCAUUAACUUAAUUUGGGGAGAAAGGCAAGAUUUCGAGAUAAACAAGCCAGAGAAAGGGCGAAAAACAGUUUCACUGCAGAAUGGACACUUAAUUAACCGCUGUAUUCCUGAAAUGAUUAAGUUCGAUUUUAGAGUUAUACUAAUGCGAAGAAUUAAGUAUCUAUAGGAUAAUUGUUUAACGAAAAACUGUCAUACUGACCUUUUCCUCCUGCUCAAAAAAUGUGCGCGAAAUGUUAGGUGGUAAGAACAUUCAGCCGCCAUCUUGUCUUCGAUGCACUGUUUUACGAAAGGAAAGACUGUCCUCUCAAGGGCUACAGCGAGUCUACAAUAAACUCACUUUCAUCGUAGAAAUACCUCGAUACCUUAAAUAACAUGUUUGUGGAACGUAGCAUCCAAUGUACGUCAUUCAGCUCCAGAAAACAGCCUGAAAAUGCUGGUACUGAACGUAAACAAUUCACAGAAAGUGCCUCUGUGGCACUUCAACAGCCUCUAUUGACGCAUGCGCAUACAAAAUGCCCUCCUGUUCCCUUUUCCAUAAAUCUGUUCAGUAAUCUCUGGCACGCCGUCCGCGAUGUUCACGAAAUAACUUAUUGAAAAGCUCCGCUAUUUGUUUCUUGUCUGUUAUUACGACAUCGUGUUCUUUUAGUAUUAUGUCAUUAGCUUGCGUACUUUUCUUUGAAUGCAAAAAUGGGCGGUAUGUGUCCCAAAACUCCCUUGGGUUUUCCGACUCACUUUUCUUGUCAAAGAAAGUUUUAAUAGCUUUACGUCUUAGAGAAGUGCAAAUGUUCCUUUGCCUCUUGUACAAUUCAUAAUUAGUAUCAGUUCUUUCACGAAUGAAGCACUUCCACAAACGGUUCUUCUGACGAAUAGCUCUGCGCCAUUGUUCAUUCAUAAAGGGAACUUGAUUUCCCUUUAUGCGGACCUGUUUCAAAGGUGCGUGCUUACAAAGAAUGUCCUCAUAUAAACAAUCAAACACGUAGAGCCUAUCAUCAACGUCGUCAAAUAUUUCAGCUACUUGGAAAGGAACAUUAUGCAAAUCAUGUAGAAAAUGCUGUUUAUCAAAAUUCUUAAGGCUUCUAAAUCGUAUUUCCCGAGAUCGUAUUCUCGGUUCCGAUGCUCUGAGAAUGGCAAACACAAGAGAGUGAUCACUUAUUUUAACAUGGACUACGCCCGAUGACUGUAUUUUCUUCACGUUGUCAGUGAGAAAAAGGUCCAGUAGGGUUUCUGAUGUUCUAAUGA